AUGAGCAGCCACUUGUUUGCCGCCUGGAGAGCGCUGGGUGCUGCCAGUGCUGCUGGCACUUCUUUGGAUUUGAGUGGAGAAAAAGGGAAAAUCAACAAAGCCGUGUUGUUCAUUUACUUCACGUGUAUAUCUACUGUCCAGACUACUGAUUGUCUGCACUUGAGGGAGCAAUGUAUUAAUGCUGGAAAUGGAUGUGAGAGUGUCUGGAAUCUGGUUGAAGAUGCCUGCAAUAUUUCAGGUAAUAGAUGCAAGGCAGAAGACACUGUUGGAUGUAAUAGAAUAAUCCAGGUCCUGGCUGACAAAUACCCAGAAUUUAAAAACUGUGUCUGCACUACAGAUGAUAUCUGUAGCAUCACAACUUUGCUUGGGAAAUGGUGCAGCAUUAGUAAAGACUAUUUGGAGUCUUUCUCGAGGUCAGACACUGAACUGAGUGUUUGGCAGCACAGAAACCCUGAAGACCAAAGCUCUGAGGAGCUGGAGAGCGAUUGCAGCAGCGCAGAGCAGCGCUGCCGAGCAGAACCUCGCUGCUCUGCCGCGUACAGGAGCUUCCAGCGCGCCUGCCAGGCAGCUGCAGACACCUGCAGCUUCCCCGUGCCUGGAAAGUGUUUGUUAGCCUGGAAAGAACUGAGGAAAACAGUUCUGGGAAAGUGCACGUGCUCAGAGCCUCUUCAGACGAGAUGCAUUAAGAUCUGGAAGGGAAUAUUUAACAACCCGUGUUUACAAUACUCUCAGGAGAGCCAAGCCUCAGGAGCUAGUGAAAGUGAUGGCAGUGAUGAUGACUAUAAUGCUGAUGCUGAUGGUGAGAAAAAUCUGGUCACUGACACAGACAAUAUUAGUAUGGAAACAAAAUUGCAAUGGGGUUCAUCUGCUCUCUCCAAACAAGUGUACACAACAAACAGAAGCUGUUUGGAUGUGAACAGGGAGUGCAUUGAAGAUGAAGUGUGUAACAAACAGUUGUCCCUAUACCUUAAAGUUUGCUCAGUAAAUAAGAAAUGCAACGUGGAAGGAUGUCAAGCAGCCAUAAGGUUCUUCUAUCGAAACAUGCCUUUUGAAGUUGCCCAAAUGAUGAUAUUUUGUGACUGCAUCCAGCAUGAUGAAUCCUGCCACAGAGCCAAAGAACUUCUCCAUGGCAAGCCCUGUGCAGUUACUGUAGUUCCACCCCCAUCAUGUCUGAAUGUAAUCCGCAUGUGCGAAGAGAAUGAAUCGUGCAGGAAAAAAUACACAACUUUUCGGUCAAAGUGUUGGAGACAUGUGACAAAAAAAUGCUACAAUGAUGAAGCUUGUCUUGAAACUUUAAUCAGGGAUGACAUGCCCUGUUCUGCCAAUGCUGAUUGCAAAGAAGCCUACAUCAGCAACUGGGGCACGAUGUUGCACAUGGAGUGCACCUGCCAGAAUUUGCCUCCUGUGGAGCAGCCUUUGUGUGAGCUCUUCCAUCACAUGCUGCACAGCAAAUCCUGCUUCAGUGACUUACGUCAAAUUUCUAUUCGGAAGAAAGGUUUUCACUGGGUAAAUACAGAAAUGCCAGGGGAAAGGAUUUCUGGAGCACAGCUCCAUUCUUCUGCAAUUAAUGGUGAAACUGUCUACAUUAUUGCUUACUCCUCCUGCAUAGCUCUCAUCCUAGGAAUAGUCCUGUUGACUCUCCUAAAGAUCAGAGCCUGCAGAACAAAAUAUGAGUCAAGAAGUCCCUCGCCAGACCAUUCUUCUGAAACAUUUAUGGCCCAUUAUAAAAGUCACAAAUGAACUCUGUUGCUUAUGCUUUUUAAGGGUAUUCCUGAAAGCCAGCCUGUUGUACAUAUGUGAUAAUAAAAUAUAUAUUAGAAAAACUACUAUAAAUUAUGGAAUUUUGUAGUUAAGCAUACUAAAUAUUUUUUUAUAUUUAUUAGCUUAUUUUAAGCCUUUCAAAAGCUGAAAAAAAAGGGGUAAAAAAUGGUAAAACUGUGGUAUCUCUUAUUUGUGUAGAUUCACAGAUCUGUCCUGAGCUGUACAUUUCCUACAUUUUUAGAUGCACAUAACACUGGUAUAAAUGCUGUAUCAACAAAAGCAAUCUUUGAAGCCCACCCUUUCUGAUCUCAACUCAUCUGGAAGAAAUAAAAAAAAUCCACUCAGAAACAUUUAAAGACCUGAUAAAGAGCACAUAUGUGGCAGUUUUGUACACCAGGCUCCCAGGUACCAAGUACCUGAAGCAGCAGUCACAACUAAGCUGCCUGGAGUUUAAUGGUGAAGCAUUUGCAGGGUAGGAGAAGAUCACAAUUACAACCCCCUUCAGAAAUAAAAAGACUUUCUGGAAUAAUGCUUUGACUCCAAAAUGCUGUUGCUGAAACCAUUUCUAAUUUCUCCUCCAAUAUGCUUCUAAAAGAAAUGAGUGAGGUUUGGCCACUUUGAAUACAGUAACUUCAGAAAGCAUUUUUUGGUCUGAAUGCCCAGUUGGGAAAGUUACUUGUUUGGGGCUGAAGUGCCUGCUUCUCAAGAGAGAAGCUAUCACCCAUCUCAUCAUCUGUUUCCUGUUCAUUGUCCCUAGGCAAGACCCGAAGUGCCUAAUUGUCCCCUUGCACUGUCCUGGGAGUCAUGGUCCCUAAACACCAUUCUGGAUCCCACUUUGUGGCUAUGAGCUCUGGAUUUCUCUCUAUAGCUGAGUUGUUUUGCUAGUUUUAAGCUUCUGUUUACUACCAGUGAGUUAUCUUUGUUAAAUCUUUGUAACAAUCUGGUUCUGAUGAACACAGAGCAAUGGACUGCCAUUUCUUAUUCAAUUGUUACCAUGAAUAGCUCAUGUAUUGUCUUGUUAUAAUAGCAUCUGAUUAAUUAACUUUAUUUUGAAUGUGAUUAGUGUUAAUUUUGUUUGAAUUAUCACUAAAUGUAACUCACCUCCAGUUUUGACCAUGAGAUAACUGAUCUUUGGUAGCUCCUAAAAUUAUUAUUGUAGAGCAAAAUGUUAAGUGUGCAGUUCUGUUGGGGAAAGGCUUAGAAAUCUUGAACAACUAUUACAACAUGGAUUUCCUUUGUCCUUUUUAUCUGUAUAAACCAAAGAAAGUCCUUUUUGUUUUGCAAUCAAAUGUUCUGUCAUUACUAAAUCAGCAUUCGGACAGAAAUAUAGAAACAGAAAAGUGAGGUUAGUUUUUUCAUCAAAAAGAUCUCCUUUAGCAAUCCAACAAUUUUUACAGUAUCUGGCUUAACUCUCACCAAAGUGGUAUUCAUAUUCUGAAUUUUAAAACUGUGAAGUGGGAAGUCUUAAAACUGAAAAUACUGUUGAGAAUAUGUUGGAUAAAAACAUUUCAUUAUACAGGAAAUUUACUUCUGACAUGAAACCUGUGCUGGUUUUCAGUCUGACUUCAAAAACCAGUGAACCCUCUGCAUCAUAGAAUUUGAAGAGAUCCAUUUAAAUUCAGAUUUAACUAAACCUCGACUGACAACAAUAAAAAUUACCUUCUGUCUUGGAAACUUUUUGUUUUCUAAUUAUCUUAUAUCUAGACACUAGAAACCCAUCUCAUAUAUGUUCUUAGACACACACAUGCUCACAAACAAGUAUGUAAAAUGUGUUUGAAACUGAAGGUAUGUUACUCUGAGAGGCAGCAAGAUAUUCAGUGGCUAUUGUGUUCUGCAAUUUUACAGGCUCUCUCUUAAGAGAUGACUAAAAUGCUUAAUGGGAAAAGUACAUUCCCCCCACUCUUUGUGUAAAAUUAGUCUGUCUGUAUCUAGGUGUUAUUAAAUAAAGGAAUUUCUGCUGGGAUGAUCUGUA